UGCUGUCUUCUUGCGACGAGACAUGUAGAAGAUGAAGAAGCCUCUUCGAUCCAGUCAGUGCUACCAUUACGAUGGGUUCUGGCAUGAUGGCAAAGGCACGACGUGAUAGGCACACAAGUGAUUUGACGCAGCCGGAGACGAUUCCCGUUGUGACAUCAGUGUUCAAUGUUGACGACGAUGACGUUCUGUGAGCAGUUGCUGAGAAAAAUGAGAAAGAGCGAACAAACCACUUUUCCCAACGCUUAUUAACUACCUUACACAGUACAUCCAUCUCUCACUUCGUCUUUUCACCCUGAUUCUUCAAUCCAACUUUGACCAAGAUGUCGCAGUACCAGCAAGAUUUCAAGCCCCCGGUCUCACAUCAAGACCUUCCUGGCAAAGAGGGCGACUUGCCCGUCGAAGCCAUCCAUGACAAGCUUCCCAAACCUGACGGCGGAUGGCAACCUUACAAGGCAGCUGGCAAGUUGGAGGGCAAGAAGGCUUUGAUCACAGGUGGAGACAGUGGCAUUGGCAGGGCCAUUGCCAUCCUCUAUGCCAUGGAGGGCGCAGACAGUCUCAUUGCCUAUCUACCAGAAGAAGAGGAGGAUGCUCAGGAGACAAAACGCCAGGUGGAGAAACAUGGCAGGAAAUGCUUCCUGAUGAGCACCGAUCUCAGAAAGCAAGAGAAUUGCGAGAAGCUCGUCGAGGCUGCGUUGAAGGAACUGGGACAAGUCAACAUCUUGGUGAACAACGCUGCUUACCAAAUGAUGCAACAAGAUAUUACCGAUAUUCCAACCGAACAGUGGCUCAAGACCUUCGACACCAACAUCCACCCAAUGUUCUAUCUCUCAAAGGCCUUAGUCCCGCACAUGAGCCGGGGCGACUCGAUCAUCAACUGUGCUUCAAUCAAUGCCUACAUUGGUCGUCCUGAUCUUCUAGAUUACACUUCAACGAAAGGAGCCAUCGUCUCUUUCACUCGAGGUCUUGCGAACCAGCAAAUGAGCAAAGGCAUUCGGGUCAACGCCGUGUGUCCCGGUCCUGUCUGGACUCCGUUGAUUCCAUCAACAAUGACCAAAGAGGCACAAGAGCAGUUCACAUCGCCAUUGGGACGCCCCGCACAGCCAGCCGAGAUUGCCACCUGCUUUGUCUUUCUGGCCAGCCCAGAUAGUAGCAUGAUCAGUGCCCAGAGCCUACACCCCAACGGUGGUGUUGUGGUCAACGGUUGAGAGCGGGGAGCCAUACUGCGCAUCAAAAGUUUUUUCAGUGUCCAACCAGAGGACAUGCAGGGUGAUAUUCAUGCACAAGGAUCCAUUAUCAAAAUGGUUCAAACAGCCACAGAUGAAGCAUUAGGGUACAGCGACAAAUCAUUAGGUACUUAGCUAGGUACUCCGUACCCGGUACAUAGAUUGCCAAGCUCAGCCAAGUUGCUGAUGUUAUUCCAGCAUCCACAAUUUCUGGGCUAGUUGAACCACGACUUCAAGUCACUGCCCUCGUCCCCCAGCAGUCACUCGUAUGUUCGUUUCCAAUAUCAUGUACUCAGGACAUUGUUGGAAUGGCGUCCAAGUCGA